AGAAAGUGACUGGGGAAGCAGCAUCAUGAGCUCUCUGCUCUCCUUUGCCUGGUUCCAGGGCAAUAUAUUUGGGCUUUUCCAGAUCUCAUUCCUGCUGAGUCUGAGCCUGCUGGUGUUGAAGGCAGUCCAGUUGUAUAUACGCAGACAGAGGCUGCUUCGAGAUUUCCAGAGUUUCCCAGGCCCUCCUGCCCACUGGCUCUAUGGGAAUGUCUUGGAGUUUCCAGUGGAAAAGGAGCUACGCAAAAUGAUUUCUUUGGCAGAGAAAUUCCCAUGUGCCUUUCCCCGGUGGUUCUCAGGCUCCUGGAAUCUUCUCCAAGUCUAUGACCCUGAAUACAUGAAGGUGAUAUUGAGCAAGAGAGAUCCAAAGUCUCAUGACGUCUACAAAUUUCUCAUUCCCUGGAUUGGAAAAGGGUUGCUGGUCCUUAACGGGUCAGUGUGGUUCCAGCACCGGCGACUGCUGACACCUGCCUUCCACAGUGACAUCCUGAAGCCUUAUGUGGCGCUGAUGGCAGACUCCGCCCGAGUGAUGCUGGACAAAUGGAAGAAUCUCAGUCACCAGGGUUCGAGUCUGGAGAUCUUUGAGCAUGUCAGUCUAAUGACUUUAGACUCCCUCAUGAAAUGCGCCUUCAGCCAAAAGAGUAAUUGCCAAAUGGAUAGGCACUCAAACGUCUACAUCCAAGCUGUUCAUGAUCUAACCUACUUGCUGACUACUCGAAUACGGAAUGCCUUCCAUCACAAUGAUGCCAUCUACUGGCUCAGCUCUUCGGGCCGCAAAACCCGUCAGGCUGCACAAAGGGCCCAUCAGUACACGGACCAGGUGAUUCAGAGGAGAAGGCUGCAACUGGAGCAGGAAGGAGGGCUGGAGGCCAUCUCCAGAAAGAGACAUUUGGAUUUCUUGGACAUUCUCCUCUGUGCCAAGACAGAGAGUGGGCACGGCUUGUCAGAUGAGGAGCUGAGGGCCGAGGUGGACACAUUCAUGUUUGAGGGCCAUGAUACCACUGCCAGUGGCAUUUGCUGGAUCCUGUAUGCCUUGGCCACACAUCCUGAGCAUCAGCAGAAAUGCCGGGAGGAAAUCAGGGGAGUCCUGGGGGAUGGGGCCUCCAUCACCUGGGACCACCUGGGCCAGCUUCCAUAUACUACCAUGUGCAUCAAGGAAGCCCUGCGUCUCUAUCCUCCUGUUCCAUCCAUUGGCAGGGAUAUCACAGAGAACAUCACCUUUCCAGAUGGACGCUUCUUAAGAGCAGGAAACUCAGUUUCAUUGCACAUAUAUACUCUUCACCACAACCCCAGGGUGUGGCCAGAUCCAGAAGUGUUCAGUCCUCUCCGCUUCUCCCCUGAGAACUUGACCCUCCAGCAUUCCCAUGCCUACCUGCCCUUCUCUGCAGGACCCAGGAACUGCAUUGGACAGAAGUUUGCCAUGAAUGAAAUGAAGGUGGUUGUUGCGCUGACCCUGCUCUUAUUUGAGCUGAAGCCAGACACCAUGAAGCCUCCCCUGCCUAUUUCAAAGCUGGUUCUCAGGUCCCUAAAUGGGAUCCUCCUCUGGAUUAAAAGACUCCCCUAACACUGCCCCAGAGAACAGAGGAUGAGGAUUCUUCCUUUUCUGUCGGUCAUCGGUCUAACUGCCCAGCUAGGGUCUUCUGUUGUUUCCCUCUUUCACUCUUGGCUUUAUUAAAGAUCCCACAGACUAGAAUCCA